AUGUCGGUGAUUGGCUUCGAUAUCGGGAACCUCAACAGCUACAUCGGCGUAGCACGUCAGGGUGGUAUCGAUGUGAUUGCCAACGAUUAUUCGCUUCGAGAAACUCCUACUUGCGUUUCGUUUGGCUCGAAGUGUCGUAGUAUGGGAGUUUCGGCUCGGCAGCAAGUGAACACAAAUUUCUUGAGUACGAUCAUCAACUUCAAACAUUUGCUGGCCCGUAAAUUCAAUGAUCCAAUUGCACAAAAGUUUAUUCCAUUUGUGCCAUGUCGAGUUGUCGAGUUGCCAGAUGGAGAAAUUGGAUGCAAGGUGAACUACCUUGACACCGAGCAUAUUUUUACCCCUGAACAAGUACUUGGAGCUUUUUUGACAAAAAUGAAGACAACGGUAGAAGCAAGUCUUGAUGGAAAGACGAAAGUGUAUGACGCUGUUUUGGCGGUCCCGUCAUAUUUCACGGAUGUUCAACGACGAGCUGUUCUUGCUGCAGCUCAGACAGCUCAAUUGAAUCCUUUGCGCGUGAUAAACGAGUCUACAGCUAUUGCUCUUGCAUAUGGCAUCUACAAGCAAGAUCUUCCAUUGGAGACAGAACCAGCCAGAAUUGUGGCAUUUCUCGAUGUUGGGCACUCAUGUACACAAGCUUCCCUUGCUGCUUUCAAUAAAGGAAAAUUGCAAAUGCUUGGAACGACUUACGACCAUGACGUAGGCGGACUAUGGUUCGAUGCGAUGAUUCGUGAACAUUUCCGCAAAGAGUUUUUGGAAAAGUAUAAGGUUGAUGCAGCAAAGAACCCAAGGGCGAUGUUGCGCUUGCUCGAUGAAAGCGAAAAGGUGAAAAAACAAAUGUCGGCGAAUGCUACGCCGAUCCCACUCAACAUCGAAUGUUUUUUGGACGACAAAGAUGUGUCUGGCCGUAUGCAACGACAGGAAUUUGAAGCUUUGUGUGGACCUUUGUUUGACAGAAUCCAGAAGCUUUUGCAACGACUACUUGAAGAAACAAAGAUCAAGCCGAAUGAAAUUGACAGCAUUGAAAUUGUUGGAGGAUCAUCGCGCAUUCCAUUGAUCCGAAAAAUUGUUAACGAUAUUUUUGGACAGGAGCCUAAAACAACGAUGAAUCAAGAUGAAGCAGUCUGUCGAGGUUCGGCAAUGCAAUGUGCUAUUCUGUCACCAUCUUUCCGGGUCCGCGAUUUUUCAAUGAAAGAUUCUCAACCUUUCCGCAUUCGUCUCACUUGGGAUGGAGUAGGAGGUGGUGACGGAGGGGAAUCGGAUGUUUUUGUUGAACGCGAUGAAUUUCCCUUCUCAAAGAUGCUCACAUUUUAUCGUAAUGAGCCUUUCCGACUCGAUGCUGGCUAUGCUUUUCCAAAUACCAUUCCUCAUACAACUCGUCAACUUGGUUCUUGGAAAAUUUUGGGUGUAACGCCUUCCGGAAAUGGUGAGACAAGAAAAAUCAAGAUCAAGGUCCGUGUUGAUCCGAACGGCAUCUUUAGCGUUCGUUCUGCUACAAUGUAUGACAACCAACCUGUUCCUGAGGAACCACCAAAGGAAGAACAAACUAUGGAAGUUGACCGAAAGGAGAAUGAAGGCAAAGAUGCAAGUCAAUCACAAAAUGCUGAGGAGAGCAAGCCCAAAGUUAAGCUGGUGCCUAUCGAAUUGCAAAUUGAAGAGUUAGUGCCAACUUAUAAUGUUCAGCAUUUCAUCGAGAAAGAGGAGGAAAUGAAACGAGUGGAUCUUGAUGAAAAAGCCAAAGCUGAUGCCAAAAAUGCCGUUGAGGAAUACGUUUAUGAAAUGCGCAACAAGUUAUCCGAUUCCCUCACUGACUAUGUUACACCAAAAGAUGCCGAAGUUUUUGGUAGCUUCCUUCAAUCAACCGAGGAUUGGUUGUACGAGGAUGGUGAGGAUGCUGAAAGAAAAGUAUAUGAAGAUCGACUAGCGGAACUACGUCAAUUUGGAGAGCCUAUAAUUGAACGUUAUCGAGAAGCAGAACAACGCCAGCCGGCUUUUGAUCAGUUUGAUCAAUCGAUCUUCCGUGCCAGGAAAGCCUACGAAGAGUACACGCACGGUGGACCAGCGCACGCUCAUAUUGAAAGCAAGGAUAUGGAAAAAGUCAUCAAUGCAAUUGAAGAGAAGAAGCUUUGGUUGGAUGAUGCUCGAAGUCGAACUGAUAAACGUUCCAAAACCGAAGCACCCGUUGUAUUUGUGGUUGAAAUUCAACAACAGCGUCAAGCUUUUGAAAGCAUCGUGCUUCCGAUUCUGAACAAGCCAAAACCACAACCCAAGAAAGAGGAAACAAAAGAAGCACCACCUCCAAAUCCAGAAAAAAUGCCCGAGGCCUCCAAUGGAACUGGUGACAACAAGGAAAUGGAAGUUGAU